AUGGCCAACGCCGACCGGGAGAGGGAGUCGGGCAACGAUCAUUUCCGGCUCAAGGCUUAUCGCAAAGCCGUGCGCUGCUACAAUAAGGGCCUGGCGACGUUCAACGGGCUGCACUUCCUGACUGAGGAAGAGCAGGCCCAUCUCAACACGAGCUUGCUCCCGCUGCACGCUAACCUGGCGGCCGCGCUCUACCACCUCAAGGACUACCCGAAAGCCAUCGAAAAUGCAUGCAAGGCCCUGGCAAUCGACCCACAGCACGAGAAGGCCCUGUACAGACUUGGGCUCGCGCACGAGGCCCUGCACGACCACGACCAGGCGCAGGACGUGUAUCGCCGGCUGGCCGGCAUGCGACCAGAAUCCGCGCUCUACCGACAGGCGCUCGUCCGCAUCCAGGGCGUCGAGCGCGAGGCCCUCAAGCACUCCAUUUUUGUCGAUAUCUUCAACAAACCUCAUGGGCCGCACCACUAG